GGAAGUAAGGCACCCAACCCAUCCCCUGAAAAACAGCCUCAUACCACAUCUGAAUUCAGUAAUAAAGAGGUGUGUCCUAAAACUUUUGUCUAUAUAGUGUAAAAUGCUAAACAUUCUCUUGUUGUCACUAUUGGUUCUGGGAAAUUUUGAAGGACAUUUAACUUGUCAUUAUAAAGAAAUGUGUUAAAAGAUGUGUUUCUGUGAGAGCAGUUUCAGUGUUCUUGUUGUAAUGUGAUAUGUAUUUAACAGGCCAUGCCACAACAUCUAGAUGUUAUCCCACCGUCUAAUAUAUAGUAUCUUAUUUAUUAUCAUUUCACUCAUGUGCUUUUGUUAACUUUCAUUUGCAUUAUCUUAUACAUUUUCCUUCAUUUUGCUUUGCACCUUGGUGAAACAUAAAACAUUUGUGCUAAUAAAGAAUCAGAGUAGAGGAAAGCAGCAAAGAGGGAGAGAGGGGAGAAACAGCUUAUACUCACAACACAACACACACAUAAACACAUACUCAUAGCCCACAAACUUUCACAAAUGUUCUGGAUAUGUGAAAGCAGAUGAAUCAGUGCUUUGUGGAUGUCUCGUCUUGUCUUCCUCCACUUAUCUGAAUUUGGGUUGCAGGGGCAGCAGCCUCGGCAGGCAAGCCCAGACUGUCCUCUCCCUGGCCACUUCCACCAGUUUGUCCGGGGGAUACCAAGGCAUUCCCAGACGAAAGAUAUAAUCCUGCCACUGUGUCCUGGGUCAUCCUAACCAGGUGCACAAACCACCUCAAUUGGUUCCUCUUGAUGCGAAGGAACAGCGGAUCUACUCUGAGGCCCUCCCAGAUGUUCGAGCUCCUCACUCUGUCUCUAAAGCUCAGCCCGGAUAACCUGUGGAGGAAACUCAUUUCAGCCACUUGUAUCCACGAUCUUGUUCUUUUGGUCACUACCCACAGCUUGUGAUUUUAAGUGAGGGUUGGAACGUAGCUUGACCGGUAAAUUGGGAGCUUUGCCUUAGGGCUCAACUCUCUCUUCACCUUGACAGACCGGUACAGCAUCUGUCCAUAAAGAUUAUGAAGAGACCUGAUGACAUCAGGCAACCCUGACGGAGUCCAACCCUAACUGAAAAUAAGUUUGACUUGUUGCCAGCAAUGGGGACCAACAGAUGUCAUCCAAUCCUAGGGCACCACGGGUGAGGAGUUCUUUAACUGCCUCAGCAACAUACAGAGCCCUGGGGCUAUAAGCACUCCUGCCCUCCACCUCUCACCCGAGGCAAAUCCAGAAAAGAGGAGAGUCCAACCCCUCUCAAGGAGACUGGGUUCAGAGCCCAAGCUGUGCAUAGAUGUGAGCCCAAUUAUAUCGAGCUGGUAUCUCUCAACCUCUCAUACAAGUUUAGUCUCCUUUCCCACCAGUGACUUGACAUUCCAUGUCCCAACAGCUAGCUUCACCAACCAAGGAUCGAACCGCCAGGGUCCCUGCCUUUGUCUGCCACCCGAUCGACACUGCACUGCAGGUGGUGAGCCCAGUGGAGAACAGACCCAUGUUCCUGCUUUGGGCUGGGUCUGGCCAGGAGAUAGGUGAAGGCCUGGCCACCAGGCACUCACUGACGGGCCUCUUACCCAGGCCCAGCUCCAGGGCAGGGCCCCGGUAACCUGGGCAGGGUACACUUGUCCUUGAUUUUACCUUUCAUAGAGGUCUGUGUGAACGACACUUUGGCCCUUCUCCCAGGACCAGUUUGUCUUAGGAGACCCUAUCAGGGGCAAACAAUCCCUGACAAUAUAGCUUCUGGGAUCAUUGGGGCAAUCAAAUCCCUCCACCAUGCUGAGGUGGCAGCUCAUGGAGGAGCUUUGUGGAUGUGUUGCAGUGAAAUACUGGCAGCUCUGCUGUUACUGCUGCCAUCCUAUGUCUCGCAAAAAAAAACAAAAAAAACAUGAUGUGGUCUCAGACAAUGUCAGUUCUCAUGAAAAGAAACACCACUCACUGAUGCUCAUAAAUGGGAUGUUUGAUGCACGUGUACACAUUUAUUACAACAUUAUAUCAAAAGAGAUAAUAGUAGAAAAUAACUAUUUUCUGCUUGACACUAUAUAGAUAAUACAGCAGACAGUGUUACUGUAGACUACAUUCAAUAAUAAGAAAUAAAAAAAUGACUACACUAGGAAAAUCUCAUGACUCCAAAUUGCCUUAAUCUAUAGGAAUCCUACAAGCAUUGUGGUUUUUCACUGAGGCAGUAUGUGGCCUCACAAUACUGUCAGUGUUGGAAGAAGUAUUCAUGCUUUAUUCAAGUAAAAGUAUUAAUACCACCUUCUGAAAACACUCUGCUGCAAAUAAGAGUCCUGUAUUCAAAACUUUACUAAAGUACAAGUAGGUAAGUAUUUUCAGCCAGUCCCUAUUUAUCUGUUUCUCCUGUUUCUGUGUGUCUGCAUAUUUAGGUGUGUCUGAAGCUGGGAAUGGCAUCCUAAUUGAUAUUCCUGCCCACUCACCUGCACAGCUGCCCCCCAUCCACUCAUCAACGCCAUUUUUUUCUUGCCUCCUUAAGGACCGGCUCAUUCACACAGUCUUUGCCAGAUUGUACAGUUCCCUAUCUUUGGUACAAUGUCUCAGGCCUGUUUCUUUGUGGUGACGUUUUGUUUCCCUGUGCUUCAGGCCCCGUUUCUCUUCAGGUCUCUGUUUCCACACCCAGCUCCAGCUCACUGUUAACUCACCUCCUUUGAGAAGACGGAGUCUACCUUGGAAUUCAGUCUGUUCAUUCACUGAAUUCCCUCUGAGCCACCUGAGUCUGGAAAGAUCUCUUGGACUCCAAAUACUCACCAGCUCUCAGAUCUGCACCAUUUUCCCAGUGAGCCACUGGGACUCAUUCAGUAUCCCACUUAGUUCCCUGAAUUCAUUAAAGGGACUCAUCCUCUGCCUCAGCUUAUGUGUGUCUUGCAUAUUGGGUUCUAACUCUCGUGUUAAGUUUCACAGGUUGAGCUCAUUUGAGCUGCUUAACUACUUUAAUGCAUUGUAUUCUAAAUGAUCACCAAAUAUUUGUAGUAUCGCUGAGCACCAUGUUUCUCAAAAAAGUCAGCUUUUUAUGAGAUCAGAAGAAAUGAGCUUUGUGACAAUGUGUUCACCAGUAGGAGAAUUUUCUCAACAAAUGAAGGGAAAUGUCAUCCUUCAGUUUAUCACAAACAUUCAAAGUCAACCAAACCUGGUUAUGCAUUGUUUUCAUUGUAUGGGAAAGGGAUGAAACAUUUUAAUCUGAACAGUAACUUGUAACUAAAGCUGUCAGACAAAUGUAGUGGUGUAAAAAAGUACUAGUGGAGUAGAAGUACACCAUGGCACAAAAUGGAAACACUCAAGUAAGAUACAAAUACCUUGAAUUAGUAGUUAAACACUUGAGUAAAUGUGCUAGAUUACAUUCCAAUACCGACUAUUGUAUCUACUGUACCUGUAGCUUCUUUUCAGCUACCAAUGGCAAGUUUUGGCCGCGUUUUCCUGAAGAAAGCAGAAAGUGCAAUAUUUGUAACAAGAGUGGGCUCCUCUCACCCACACCCACAAGUGUACUCUCACGUCACUUCUAGUCCGAUCAGGUGCCUCCUCAAAUAGAGGACCAAGAUCAUCCCGCAGUUCCAACAGGCUUUCUCUCUCUCUCUCUCUCUGUGUGUGUGUGUGUGUGUGUGUGUGUGCGAGAGAGAGAGAGAGAGAGAGACGGGGGUGCAAUAAGGGGAGAGAAAGAGGGCGGAGGCGUGGCCCUCUGCUUUGCGGGUUACUCAGCGCAAAUUUGGCAUAUAAACGCAAAACAAGCAGGGGUCCCAAGCAGCCAGUAGCGCACUGAGCGACCUGAGGAAUUCAACAGGUUCCUAUACAUUUCUGAGCUCUCUGUGUCCCUGCGUGGAUGUACUAUGCUCUGAAAGACUACCGCCUACCUGCUCUCAUUUGGUGAUGUGAUGGAUGGAAUUAAAGGCUCUUGAAAAUUGUCACUCUGCAGUAAUCUCAAAGCGUGCCGGCAUCUGGAAUACUGCUGGGAGAUACUCUAAUCAGUUUGGCCAAACUGACUGUGGGCUACCUUACCCCUCAGUAGAAAAGACAACAAACUAUAUUUUUUUACAAAGCAGCAGUAUCAUCACCGUCAUGAAGAGGUCUCUUCCUUUCCCGACCUGGGUUAGAGCAGCAAGCUUGUUCCUGUGUUUGACCCAGACUGCCCUGGCCAUGGUCCUCCCCAACUCCACGCAACUGGAGUCCGUGCUGGACAAGUAUCGGGACAAGGAUGAAGAGUGGUGGAGGGCCAGGUCGAGAGGGAAGAGGGCCAUCAGCGAGGGAGACAUGCACCUCAUUCUGGACUUGCACAACAAGUUACGGAGUCAAGUCUAUCCUCCUGCCUCCAAUAUGGAGUACAUGGUAUGGGAUUAUGAGUUAGAGAGGAGUGCAGAGCACUGGGCACAUACCUGCCGAUGGGAACAUGGACCAAGCCACAUGCUGACACAAAUAGGUCAAAACCUUGGAGCGCACUGGGGCAGGGACCGCCCCCCUACCUACCAUGUCCAGGCCUGGUAUGAUGAGGUGAGGUACUACAGCUAUCCCUACUCCCAGGAGUGUAACCCACACUGCCCAUUCAGAUGUUCAGGACCUGUUUGUACCCACUACACUCAGUUGGUGUGGGCGACUAGCAAUCGCAUUGGCUGUGCCAUCAAUGUGUGUUACAACAUGAACGUGUGGGGAAUGAUUUGGGCUAAAGCUGUCUACCUGGUCUGCAACUACUCUCCACCGGGCAACUGGUGGGGUCACGCUCCAUACAAAUAUGGAGCUCCUUGUUCUGCCUGUCCAGCGAGCUAUGCUGGUGGCUGCAGGGACAAUCUCUGCUACAAAGAUGGGGGUGUUGACAGGCGUCCAGCUCCUGAGAUUGAGGAGACCAACUACAUUGAACCUGAACCAGAACCAGUAAGGGACAGGGAACCCCAACCCAGGGCCCAGGCACCAGACCCCUCACCCAAUGACAACCUAGAAAGAAACCAGGUUGUCAGCACAGAGCAAAUGUGCCAACAGAUUGACUGUGAAACUAAGCUGAGAGAUCAGUGCAAAGGGACGACCUGUAACAGAUAUGAGUGUCUGCCUGGCUGCCUCAACAGACCUGGAAAAGUAGUUGGGACUGGAUAUUAUGACAUGCAAUCCAGCGUGUGUGGAGCUGGGUUACAUGCUGGUGUUAUCGACAAUGAUGGAGGAUGGCUGGAUGUAACCAGACUUGGCCGAAAACAACAAUUCAACAAGUCAUACAAGAAUGGUAUUCAAUCAAUUGGGAAAAACAGGAGUGCAAAUUCCUUCAAAGUAGAGUCUGUGCCUGUCAAGGCAGUAAGAUGUGACACCACUGUGGCACUUUUCUGCCCUUUCAAGAAACCUGUACGACACUGUCCCAGGUUGUACUGUCCCGGGAACUGUCUGCGUGAAAGUCAAGCCCGAGUCAUUGGAACAAGAUUCUACUCAGAUAAAUCCAGUAUCUGUCGCGCUGCCAUUCACGCUGGAGUGAUCCAGAACGAGUCUGGAGGGUACCUUGACGUGAUGCCUGUGGACAAAAGAAGCCAGUACAGUGGCAGUUACCAAAAUGGCAUUACCUCAGAGAGGCAACUGAACCCAACAGGUGGAAAAGCCUUUAGAGUGUUUGCAGUCAUCUGAAAAACCACUCUCAACGGACAGGGUACCAUCAAACACGGCCACUUUUCAUCCAGCAAACCCACUCAUUAUCAUCGUACAACCUGUCAUUACAUGCAUUCCUAUAGCAAAUAAUUCAGCUCUUCAGCUUCUGGCACUUCAAGUGCAACAUGACUUAACUCAAGGCUGAGUGAAUCAGUAUCCAAUAAUAGCUUAGCAAAUGAUGUUUGGUGGAUGAUGCUCUUGGAUGUGUUGCCUUGCAUCUUUUCUGAAUUUCCCAAGUUAACCUUAAUAAUCACAUUGGGCUGCCAUGUGUCUUUUGCUCACAUGACAUCAUGUUUUUUAUUAUUUAAAGUUGAAUAUACACCACAAGAUUUAGCACUAUACCAGAUGCCUCCCACAGUUUCAGACCUUGAAGGUUAAGAUACAACAUCAGUGAUUUUGCCAGAGUAGUUAAAGUUGCAUUACACAUCAGCUCUACAUAGAGAUACACCUGGUAAAUAACAGGGAAGCCACAUACAGAGUCAUACAAUCUAUUCAUUUUGGGGGAAGAAGAGUAGCCAGUCACUACUUAGUCAGAACAUUUGUUGGCAAUCACACUUGCCCUAAACAGUGUCCUGUAUCUUUCCAGACCAAACCAGACAUAAAGAUGAUUUAAUAAAAUAACAACUUGAUAAUAUUUGAUGAAUAACUAUAGGGCAGAAUUAAUCAGUAAUUAAUUAAUAAGAUGGAACACACUAGUGAUGACAGCUUACCUUAUAGCAGAUAAGUACGCUCUUAAAUUCAUUCCUUGUUCUCAUGUAUAAGGAUAUUUUUUGAAAACUUUUUUUGUUAUAUAAAAUUUCCCUGUAUACACAAAAAUGUAAAAAGCAGAAACAAGCAUGCAGCGUCUGUUUAAAUUAAAAUGAUCCAUAACUGUAUAAAAUUGUUAAGUUGUAAACUUGUAAUUAGACCUAGUCCAUUUCAAACUCUGCUGACAAUGGAACUAAGUGUGUCAUGCUUUAUGAAAUAUUGCACAAAGGAAAAUAUUACACAAAUCAGGCCAUGCACAAAAGGAGAACGAUUUUUUAAUGUAUUUAAUUCCAGUGAAGGCUUCCAUAUAUAUUUUCUUACAUUACAGUGGUAGUAUACAGCAUAGCAACAAUGCAUACAGUAAAAUACAGAUUGUAUAUUUUUGUACAUAAUGUUGUAAAUAAUAUUGAACACUAUGCAAUGAAAUGCUUGCUACUGUUGCCUUUUUCAUUUACAUUUCUAACGCCUUGCUGGCCAUACAAACUUAAACAAGCAAUAAAGGGUAGAUGCUGAAACAGAUUCUGCAUGCAAAGCAUAUAUUUGUCACUCAAGUUUUGAUUGUGAUAAAGGAGAAAUUUUGCUAUAAUUUUACUAUAUUCAUAUUUUUGUAAAUAUUGUGUUUGUAAAAUAUUGUUUUUAUUUUAUGCUGCAGUUUCCCAGCUUUUGUUUAUAGAUUUAUAUAAAUGGACCCUGGCUGGCCAGGAAUGUGCAUGGCAGAAUUACAAUUAAAAUACUUGAUAAAAUUAAAAUGUAUUUUGUUAUUU